CUUGCAAACUAGCAUCUACUUGCACGUUUCGCAUACUCCGGCAGAACAAUUGGGUAUUAUCAGAAAGCCUUUAAAAUCUCUUAAAUCUAGCACUUUUACAAUAUGAACGCACCGGAUAGAUUCGAGCUGUUUUUGCUUGGAGAGGGCGAACGUAAAGUCGAGGCCAAGACUGAUACUCGCAUUCCCAACUCCACCAUCUUCACCUUCAACAAGGAAGACCACACGCUAGGCAAUCUCCUGCGUGCCCGUCUCUUGCAGAGCCCCCAUGUGCGCUUCGCCGCCUACAAGGCCCCCCAUCCUCUGAUCGCUCAAUUUGAGCUCCGCGUCCAGACCGACGGCGAAGUCACUCCCAAGGAUGCUCUUGUCCAGGCCUGCCGCGACAUUGUUCAGGACUUGGCUACGCUGAGUCGAGAAUUUACCAAGGAAUGGGAACUUCGCAAGAUGGUUAGCGAAGGUCAGCAGCGGGAGUAAACAAAUGUCUUUAUGCUUUUAUCUUUCUCUUUUAUCCUCCUAUUUUCUCGCAGACGAGAUUGAUUGCGACUGCAACCCAACCCAUCCGGUUUCUUUUUAAAGAUUUCGUUCUCUGAUGAAGGGAGCUUUUUAUUACUCGGCGAAUGAUCGAUAUCCCAACUAUCCGAUUUGGGACAUUCACAAACCCUGAGAGGGCUGCCUUCGCGGGAGGAAGAAAAAAGUGUUACUUUGGGCGCAAAACACGGUGUCUUUAGGGCGUAUUUUACUUGGGUUUUCGGGGACUUGUUUCUUUUAUUCAGAGCCUAUUUAAAGAAUUCAUAAUGGGCCACGUACGAGGAUUGACACUGCAUUACGACUGUGUCUUGGGGAUCAUGUACUCUGACGCAAAUGCAAUCCCCAGGCCAGGGUUCUCUCUCCGCAUAUGGGACUUUUCUAGAAGAAUUUUUCUGCUUAUCACGAGUGAGGCAUUUGAAUAUAUUU